AUGAAGGAACUACCAACCACCCGCGUCCCGCUCGCCGAGCUCCCGUUGUCCGACUACGUGCGCGACCCCAACCUGCCCCUCUCCCCCGUCUCGCUCCCGCUGAAGCGCCCCGCGACGCCGAAAGCGGCAACGGCUACUCCGAAACGCGUCGUGGUCGAACUAGACGCAGACGAGCUGGGAACGGGCCGAUCGCCAGCCCGCAGGCUGUUUGACGCGACGCCGCGGGCGUCCAAGAUUGCGAGGGCGCCUUUUGGCGGGAAUACGGCCGGAGGGGACGGAAUCGCAUCGUCCAGCUCGUCCAGCGGCUCCAGCGGCUCCAGCGGCUCCAGCUUGAGUGGGAGUGGAAUCAGUGGAAACACAAGUGUAGGCGGACUCGCGCCGUCGCCUCCCCUCCGCUCGCGCCGGGGCUCGGAUGCCCUCCCCACCCCCGUCUCGAGCACGUCCUCAUCUACCUCGUCAAACACGCCGAGUAAUGGACGGGUACACGAUCCCGGCUUCGUGAUCUUCAGCGACGACGAUGUGCUCGCGCGUCCGGUCUCCCAACUCUUCGUCCCCGUGUCGGAUACGGAUGAGGAGAACAUCCCUCCAGAGGUUGAGGUUGAGGUUGAGGCGACGCCGCGACGCAAACGCUUCGAGCCCUCCAAGCUCUCCACGGUGACGACCUCCAGUUCGAGCUCGGUUGUGGAGGAGAAGGAGCAGCCAGCGAUGAGUGGGAAACAGGGCAUGAUCGACGAGGCGGAUGAGGUCUAG